AUGGAGAUUAAAGAUGAAGUUGAGUUCUGCUUUCCACAGCUCCUUAACGUGUCUUGCAGGAAGCCAAGACUUCAUUUGACCAAAGCUUUCUUUCUUGACACCGUUCUGUCCAUCAUUUCUAUUAUCACUGUAGUUCUGAACCUGCUUGUCAUCAUUGCAGUCUCCCACUUUAGGCAGCUCCACUCUCCCACUAACAUCAUCCUCCUCUCUCUGGCUGUCUCAGAUUUUCUCGUGGGGCUUCUGUUGUUGCCAUUAGAAAUUUACAGAAACACAUCUUGCUGGUUUCUUGGGGAAAUCAUGUGUGCUGUUUAUUAUCAUCUUGCCUGUUGCAUUCCAUUUGUAUCAAUUGGUAACAUUGUUCUUAUAUCAGUUGACCGUUAUGUGGCCAUUUGUCACCCUCUGCAUUAUCCCACCAGAAUCACUACAGUGAGGGUCAAAACGUGUGUUUGUCUGUGUUGGCUCUGGUAUGGUCUGUACAGCAUAUUAUAUAUCAAGGAUCAAAUCAUUCAUCUUAUUGAACCUGGUGAUAAUGUUGGAUGUCUUGGACAAUGUUUCAUCAUUUUUAAUUAUACUAUAGGAGUGGUUGAUCUCAUUUUGACUUUUGUUCUUCCAGUAACAGCCAUAGUUGUUCUGUACAUGAAGGUGUUUGUGGUGGCUGUGAUUCAAGCUCGUUCUAUGCGUUCUCAUGUUACAUUUGUCUCUGUUCAACAUCCAGUUAAAGCAAAAGCAAAGAAAUCAGAGCUGAAAGCAGCCAGAACUCUUGGUAUUCUUGUAGUUACAUAUUUGUCAUGUUUCUGCCCGGCAUUUUGUUCUGUUCUCUUAGAAAUUGAUCUUUUCUCUGCAUAUAUGCUUUUUGCUCUGUUUUAUUUCAAUUCCUGUGUGAACCCAGUGAUUUACACUUUAUUUUACCCUUGGUUUAGAAAAGCUAUAAAAAUCAUCAUCACUCUGCAGAUACUGAAGCCCGACUCCCGUGAGACAAACAUGUUGUAG